AAUUUGUAAAAAGAUUACAAAAGGUAUCUUCCAACUUGUUUAUAUGAACAACCAAAACAAUGGAGCUUAAACUUAAUUUGAGCUAAAAAUCUCCCUUUUGUUUUUGUUUACCAAUUCAAUGGCGGAAAAUUAUAGCCUUCGUUUCCAUAUACAGACAACCAAUUUUAGCGAGAACGAAGUCGAACAGGAGAACCCCACAUACUCCUUUUCUCCUUAUAAUCCCACCUUCUUUAUUCCCUCAUUUGACUCGGGCACCGACCUUGUAACCGAUUUGUUCGACUCCCGAAAUGACGAAGUAACGGAUCAUCCCUAUGUUGUUCACAACAAUUCUAAUUCUAGGGUUUUGCCAGACGAUGAAGAACUAGAGCUUGGGUUUGAAUUUGAUGGACUUCGGGUCGUUGGGGUAGACUCCGAGUCCGAUUCAGAAGACGAGGAGGUUAUUCACCAAAUUGGCAAUUCGAGUGUGCCGGAUUUGUGGAACUGUUUUCGGGUUGGUGAUGAGGGGGAUUUGGAUGAAGAUUCAGAGUGGGAAGAAGUUGAGAGGGUUGAAGGGAGGGAGGACAAUAUGAGUUAUCUGAUUGGACGAAUGGAAGAAAUUUCUGUUUCUUCUGAUUUCUCUUCUGAAGAAGGAAAUUUGGGUUUCGGUGAAGAUGGAGAAGGGGGGCAAUCGAGGAAUUUAGAAUGGGAAUUUCUGGUGGCGGUUAAUGAUCUCGAAAGGAGCCUUGAACUUCACAAUGCUGUUAUACUUCAAGAUGGCGGUGGGUUUGGUGCUGUUGAUUUUGUUGGAAGCCAAGAGAGGUUAAAGGGUAGUCCACCAACAGCUAAAUCUGUGCUGGAAAAUCUUCCUUUGGUGGUCGUGAGUGAUGAACAUUUGAAAGGAAGCAAUGCAGCUUGUGCAGUUUGCAAAGAUGAGAUUUUGUCAACGGAGAAAAUGACUAGGUUGCCCUGUUCUCACUACUACCAUUGUGAUUGUAUUAUGCCAUGGCUAAAUAUCCGUAAUACAUGUCCUGUUUGUCGCCACGAGUUGCCCACGGAUAAUGCUGAUUAUGAGAGGGAAAAUGGAAGGAGUGCUGGUCAAGGACAUGUUAAUGAUUUUCAGUAAUCCUUCCUUACCAGCUGAAAUAAGUUACCUUUAGAGGCAUGGGCAUCAUCAACUUUGUGUGUAUAAAGGAGCAUAUUCAAUAACUGUGUCAAGAGAGACACAACUAAAUAAAUGAUUAGCGUCUUCAACUCUCUGGCACUCAUUAGCAGCUGUUAAACAUAACCGUACCCCUUAUCUGGGGAUAACAUCAAGUCAAACAAAUGUCAUGAAUAGCAGUCCAGCUGAAGCGAACUACCUUAAGAGAUACUUUGUUUAUUCAGAUCUUCCCCGGACCAGUUUAUGCUGGUACUCUUAGCUAUUUUUAUUGCAUUGUAGGCUGUAGAAUUGCUUGAUAAAGAAAGAUCCAGAUUUACUUACCCCCAUCUAAAGGAGUGACACUCAUUUGUUGUCUCUUAUACCGCUUAUACAAUAUCAAAUUAUCAAUAACUAAGAUGAUAGGGUAUCAAAUUUCCAAUUAUAACAGUUUCUCAGUUUUUAAUUG